CCCACAGCAGACAGAGUGACCCCGGUGGGUUGGUGCAGGCGUUGCCUCUCGGGGCCGCCGGGCCGGGCAGCGGAUGUUGGGGUUGGUGAUUCACAGGGGACAGGAAACCAGAACUGCAACGAGCCCUGCAGGAACCAGCUCCAGCCCCAGCAGCUGGAGGAGCUGGAGGAGCUGGGACACCUCAGGGUAAGGCUGGGCCAUGCUGCAGCCGGAGCUGUGGGCGGCCACGGCGCUGCUGCUGCUCGGGGCGGCCGUCAGCCUCUGCAUCAGGUGCCAGCUCUCAGCUACCAAACGGGAGGCAGAGCUGGAUGAGCAGAGGAGCCAGCUCGAAAGCCAGCCGAGGUUUGAGGUGAUUCGAUCCCAUACCUUUGCAACCCGAAGGCUGGAAAAAAGUAAGGAACCUGAAAACUUAUCAAUAGCAAGGAAAGCCACAGAAGAGCUCAGUGCUUCCCAUCACCCUGGAUAUGGGAGCAGGGACGAGCCCAGGUACCAGAAUUUCCUGGCAGAGAACUGCCUGCAAGAAGACACUGCCUACGUGGAGCCCAUGUCUCUUCAUCACUACUACAAUUGCAGCAGGCUCUUCAGUCCACCCCAUGCGAGGUCUCCAGGCAAGCAAGAGAAAGAUGAGGAUUCCUAUUCCUAUGAAAAUGUCACCAUUGGGGUGUCUCAGGGCUCUGAUCCAGAUGAUGCUGUGGACUAUGAGAACAGCAUGACAAUACUCACAUGGAAACUCCAGCAAGGGCAAGCCCCAGUGACAGAAAGCCUGGAUGAUGAGCCAGACUACAUCAACACAGCUCCUGUGUCAGGCCCUGCCCUGCUGCCAGAGCAAAGUAUUCUGCAUAAAGUCUGAAGAAAUCUUUUGCUGAGCUGUAAGAGGACACCCAGCGAACAAGCACACAGGGGAGAUUUCAUCCCUCACUGAAAUCUCCUCUCCAAACUGUGCCUGCAGUGACACAGAAGGGUGUUACUGAAAGAAGAGCUGCACUGCUUGAAGCCCCACAGAAGUCCAACUGCAAGCCAGCAAGUGGAGAAAGCACUCUGCCCCCUGUGACCACGGGCAAGCCCAGGCUCCUCAUCCCAGUCUCAUUCCCUGCAGGGAAUGUCCACUCGAAGGUGGCCAGUCUGGGCAAUGUUUUCUCCUGGCAGGCAUGAAAUGAAUCCUUCACUUGCUGAGCAGUAAUGCAGCCAGCUACUUAAUUUGUCAGGGUGACUCAUGCCCGAUGUAUUAAGCCACAGGGAUUAUGUUCUGAUUUAGUUCCUGUGCUCUCCUACAGAAGCAGUUUCCUAUGUGAGAGGAACUGGUGAGGCAGAGGUGGUGUUUAUAACAGCAGUGGCUGUCUGGAGCUGAAUGAGAUUCCAACCUGUUCACAAGAGCUAAAGAGGAUUAAAUGCCUGCUUAUCCAUGGGCAUGUCAUUCACAGUGUUGGUCUAUGGCAGUUUUCCUCAUGUUUCAGUUUUGUAAUGAUACAAAGAACAGCAGCAACUGAGAGUCAGAUCCACAGCCCCCAGCCUCAGAAACUGCACCAGUCCUUCAAUAUGGCUGUUGGAACAUCAUCCCAGAAACAGAAUCCCUGUCUCCUGAGCCCUGAUGCACAGAUCUGGCACUUCUGGAACACUUAUUUAUUAAAACUGAAAAGCUUCCAAAGAUAA